UUGGUGGAAUGACAAUUUCGGAAAGCCGUAGUAAUUACUUACAGUACUAACCCGUCACGGCUCAAGGUCAGCUAUUUAUUGAUUCAUUCCUGCUACUCGAGCCGAGCGCCCUUCGCUCGAGUUAGAAACGAGCGGGCAUCGUCCGGGCUACUCCCGCAGCCAUUGCACUUCCCUAGCGACUUCUGAAGCGCAAAUAGCUAUACUUCACAAAUCCUCCCACGAUCUCGAUUCACGGGCCAUACGCCAUGAACCUGCAAAGAAGAUCUUCUCUCACAUCAAGAGCUUUACCUUCCUUAUCGCUCCUCCUCCUCGCAAUUAGCCUAAUCCACCUGAGCUCACAGCACGGCCAUGCCACGUCAGUACUUCCACGUCAGAUCCUGGCCACCGACAGUCAGCCGCACCCAGAGUCUUUUCUUCACGCCGCGGUUCGCACUCUUGUGCGACGACCGCGGAGAGACUCUCUCCGACAUCCGGGGGAAGCGGGCGGCGCAGACCCCUCGUCCCCCCUCGCGGAGAGGCGCGAAGGGGCGGAGGCGGUGACGCAGUUGCAAGCUCCCCUGGAAGGCGCCUCCCUCGAGUCGUUGCUCGUUCACCCAAUCCCCGAGCCGGAUUCGCGUCAUGCCCGAACCGGAUCCGCAGGCUCGGCAAUGUCCGUCUGCCCGACCUUCGAGCCAGGUUCGGGUGCUCUGAGCGAAGUCUCCGCGUGCAAGUGGUCCGCACCUGUGGAACCUAGAACGGGUUCGCUUCCCGUCGCCAAUGAUAUCGCGAGUUUCGCCUCACGGUUUCGCGAAGCCGAAAGGUUACAGUCGCGAACGCAAUGUCACCAGCGGCCGUGGCUCUGGCCCUGGCCGCUGUUACACGUGGGUGACGUCUGCGAAGGGGAGGGGGAAGAGGGGGGCUCCGAGGAGCAAAUCGACGAAAAGGUCCCGCCGAGUGUAACAGACGAAGCGGGUAACAGCGCGAUUCUUCUAUUUCGCGACGUUUUCGUCAACGGACGGGGCGCCGUGUUCAACGCGAGCCACGUGUUCGUGUUCAGCGCAUGCGGCGGCGGGGCUGGCGGGGAGUGGAAAAUGCGGACAGAGAAGCAAGCUAUAGCGGAGAUGUCUUACCCCGCAGGCACCGUUACUAGCGUCCACGAGCAUCUAAUUAACCUACUCCCUUACGAGGAAGACGACGGGUGGGCGGAAUUGGCGGCGGAAGCGGGGGCGGAGACGCAAGCGGAAGGAAGUAAGUGGGCGGAGAAAGCGCGCGCGCUGGGCGGAAGCGCGAAGGAGCGGCAGCUGGCGCGGCUGCUGCCGGUGCUGUUCCUGCUGUCGUCGUCGCUCAUGCCCACUGCGCGCCGAUACCCGCUGCUGCUGCGCGAUCGACGGUUGCUGCAUCACGUGCGCACUGGCCUGUUCGGAGUGGAUCUCGCCGCGCUCUCCAUCCCCCUAGAUGCCACGUCAGUAUAUUCCACGUCAGCACGAGGCGCGGCGGCAUCCGCGCGCCCGCACCUGUUCUUCGCCAAGAAGCUCUACCUCCCGCUACAUCCGGAUUCCCUCUGCGGGUUCGCCGCUUCUCCCCGCCCCCGCUCCCCCGACCCACUCUGGCGCACCCUCCGCGCGCACCACCUCCUCCCGCCCAACGGCCUGCCGAUCCUCAACCCGAACUGGGUUCCUCGGCUGGCGAACCAGCACCCGAACCAGCAGGCUCGGGCGCACAUGGUGGUUGGGGAGAGCUUGCGCGCGGAUUGGGUGGUGGUGGUGUCGCUUGUGUGGAGCGCGCACGGGGGGAGGGAGGUGCGGGGGGUGGCGGGGGGGGAGGGUCUCGGGCUGGGGGAAUGGGAAUUCGCGGGGGGAGCAGCUGGAGGGGAGGGGGCGGAGGGAGCGGAAGGUGACAAUAAGGAGGCGGCGGAUGCCAUGAACCGUGUGAUUGUAAUGAUGCGGGAGCUAUUCGGGGAGGCGCGCGUGGUGGUGUACGACGAGCACGUGCCGCUGCUGCAAGCUAAGGAGCUCUUUUCCCGGGCGAUUCUGUUCGUCGGUCCUACGUCUCCCGCCCUUUCGAAUCUAAUCUUCAUGCCGUUUAAUUCGACUCUGAUCGAGAUCCUCCCUCGUACCGUCGCCAUGGCUGCAGCGUCCAUCCCUGUCGUCGGCCAACAGCGCGCUGCCACAUGGCACUUCCACCUCGCUUCCCGCCUCGGCGUUCAUCAUUUUCUCUCGGCCUGCGAUCCGACUAAGGUGAACUGGCACUCCCAAGAGCACUGCCACGUGGACGAGGUGUACGGUACGGUAACCGCAAUGAUCCGUAACAACCCUACACUACAGGCGUACACCGGGUUACCAGCCAUCUCCUUCCCACCGGACGAGCCGGCCAGCCUCGGCGACUUCCGAAGCAGGAUCCCAGGCUCGAGGCUCAGGCCCGGGACAGGCGAGGCGGCGGCAUUCAAGCAGUGGAUGACUUGUGUGGCGGAGCUAGGGGAGUGGCGGUACAACGCAACGCCUAGGGUUUUACCGUGGGAGGAGAAACAACUGCAGAGCUGCGACGCCAGGCACAUGAAGCAGGGCGGCGUCGCGGGAGCCUACGCGGACAGAAUCGCGGUUUCGGGAUGGGACCCCGCCGCUGCUGCUGCCGCGUGGAAGGUCCGAGAGAGCCUAAAAUACCAGUGGGUGGUUCCUAGGGAGAAGUGCGCGGGAGUUAGCGGGGGGAGACAGGCGGUGGUGGGGGCAGAGGGGGUUCAGGGGGAGAUAUUCUCGAGGUUCGACGGGCGCGCGCUUUGCGAGCUGGCUGCGCGGCGGAAGGACGGGCUGCGGAUUGCUUUUAUCGGGGAUUCGCUGACGCGGGAGCAUCACUAUUCGUUUAUGAAUAACAUUAUAAAGCAUAUUCCAAAGCCGGCGGUGGGGAGGAUCGUGAAGCAGAAAUGCCUUGAGUGGAUCGAUGACACGGUUACUGUUACAUGUGCUGGUUACCGCAUUGAAGGGUGUCCAGGAUUGGAGAUUCACUAUGUGGCAACGACAAGGCUCAUGCGGGUGCAAGAGGAGAAGCUAGAGCGGGCGGCAUGGCUCCAUGUGCCGUGGCAGCAAGUCCCCGGAAUCAGAAACUCCCACAUGCUUAUAAUGAACCGUGGCGCUCACUAUAAGCCAGCCGUGAAGGUGGUCAAGGCGGUCAAGCGAGUCUUCAGAUUCCUUCGCCAUAAUCACCCCGACAAGCUCCUAGUCUACCGCACUACACCCCCUGGGCACCUCAACUGCCUAAACCACACCCGGCCUAUUGAGCAGCGGCAAGACGGAGCGGCAUUGCCGUUCAGGUGGGGUGAAUUCAGAGAGCAAAAUGAGAUGGUGAGGAAGAUAGUGGAGGACGCGGGUGGGCUGUUCAUGGAUGUGGAUCCCAUGAUGGCGUUAAGACCGGACGGGCACAGGGGCGUGGUGGCUACGGAUAAGGUUGACUGCCUGCACUACUGCCUUCCAGGACCGGAGGACACCUGGUCUGAGUUCCUGUACAACAUAAUACAGAGGCUUGUGCCUGCUAGGUAACUUCUGCUGGACUGCGAGUAGGGCAACCAGGGUACCGUAUGUCAGAUUGCUGGAUGGGGAGGUUGGAGGAGGAGAAUGAAGGGUAGGAAGCUUGGGAGGAUUGGGGUGGAGGGAGGGGAGGGGAGGUUUAGCUCCACGUGGCCACCAGGGGAUGAAUCAGCUGAUGUGAGGCCCGAGAGAAAUUCAGUCCAGUCCCAAAAUGGAGGGGCUGCGAAAUAAGAUGGGGUGUGGUAUCCGAGCAUUAUGCAUCAAGGUGGAUGUAUGGCUGGGUUACAGAAUAAGCUGGGAGAUAUGUUAUCCCAGCGUCUUGCAUGAACAUGGAUGCCACCGGUGAAUGACACCUCUAUUAGCACUGUAUAACAUCCUUUUGAAUGAGUUGGCAUU